UAUUUACACACACGCACACACUAGUCAAUCAGUGUCUCACGGUUCACUUCGGGGGUUCAGCUUCGGUGUUUGUAUCUACGUGCUCCCCUCUCUCCUUCAAGCAACUGUAGGUGAAGCGUGUGAGUUGUCGCGUGCAGGCAGGAAUGAGAACCAGCACAGGGAUAUGCUUGGCUGUCUUGCUGGCCUUUGGGGCUAGACUGGGCUGCUCAGCAGUGGUGAAAAAGGACCGAUCUCGAAGACAGGCAAUUGAAGGUGGUGAUGGUGGUAAGGCAAAGGAUAGUGAUGUUAAAGUGGAGGUGGAUGUGAAUGGUGAACCAACAUUCUCUCCACCACCUCUAAAUGACACCACCUUCCCUACCACAGUUUCUCCACCUGGUAUCACAAUACCUACCAACACCCCUCCACCUACCACCACCACCACAAGUGAUACUACUGCCGCCAGACUUCCUCCACUGGCUAUUUUAAACAAUGUUCCUCCAUCUACCAUUACCACCACAGAUGAUACCACCACCACAACCACACUUCCUCUGGCCAUUUUAAAUAAUUUUCCUCCACUGACCACCACUACGACAGAUGAUACCACAACCACCACUCUUUCUCCCCUGGCCAUUUUAAGCAAUGUUCCUCUGCUGACCACCACCACCACCACACUUCCUCCAUCUAGCAUCACAAGUGGAGAUUUUCCCACCAGUGAUCCUUCAUCCACCACCACCACAAUUAUGAAUGAUACUACUAUCACUAGCAUUGCCACAGCACCACCCAGCAACAGCAGAGUCAUGUCUUCACCAAAUCCCAUCACCACUACCUCAAAUACAACUCCUCCACCUACCACUACCUCCACCAUCAGUACCACUUCUCCAUUAUCUUCCACCAGCUCUAGUAUUAUUGCUAGCCUUGGUUCAUCUACCACCAUCCACACUAACGAUACUGGAAGAGCUGGGAACAUAAUUUACAGUAUAUGGGGCUUCCUUCUUGGUGGCAUGCUGACCUACCUCAGCAUCAGUGACACCUUUCGAGUUCCUCUCACAAGAGCAGUGGACACCUGGUUUGGGCCCCGCUCUCACCGCCGCCGCCGCCACACCCAGGAUGAAGGUUUCCAGACAUAUGUGGCCACCACCUUCACUGCCUUUACUAAUGCAAUUGACAAAAUUAAUGCAAUUUCUGGAAGAAUUGAGAAAUCAUAAACCUGUUUGAAAUCAGUCAAUGAAGGUUUGAAGCAAUAUCUUUCGGAAGUAUGUAGUUUAUUUCAAUGUAAGAAAAUAUAUUUCUAUAUGA